AGCUGCGAGGCCCGAAACCGCGCUGUACUGAGCCGCUGCUGCUGUCGCGCAGUCCGCUCCUCCGUUGCAGAGUCGUGCCCUGAGCUCGGCCGACGAGGCUGCACUCGCAGCCGGGAUCCUGCCACCCGCGACCCCAGCCUUCGCCGCCGCCGCCGCCGCCGCCUAGGGCGCCCCAGGCCGCACCAUGGUGAAGGUGACGUUCAACUCGGCGCUGGCCCAGAAGGAGGCCAAGAAGGACGAGCCCAAGAGCAGCGAGGAGGCGCUCAUCGUCCCUCCGGAUGCCGUGGCGGUGGAUUGCAAGGACCCGGAUGAUGUGGUUCCAGUUGGACAGAGAAGAGCGUGGUGUUGGUGCAUGUGUUUUGGACUGGCCUUCAUGCUUGCUGGUGUCAUCCUCGGAGGAGCAUACCUGUACAAGUAUUUUGCACUUCAGCCAGAUGAUGUGUACUACUGUGGACUGAAGUACAUCAAAGAUGACGUCAUCUUGAACGAGCCUUCUGCAGAGGCCCCAGCUGCUCGCUACCAGACAAUUGAGGAGAAUAUUAAGAUCUUUGAGGAAGACGCAGUUGAAUUCAUCAGUGUGCCUGUACCAGAGUUUGCGGACAGCGACCCUGCCAACAUUGUGCAUGACUUUAACAAGAAACUCACUGCUUAUUUGGACCUGAACCUGGAUAAGUGCUAUGUGAUCCCUCUGAACACUUCCAUCGUUAUGCCGCCCAGAAACCUGUUGGAGCUGCUUAUUAACAUCAAGGCCGGGACCUAUUUGCCUCAGUCAUACCUUAUCCAUGAGCACAUGGUGAUUACUGACCGCAUCGAAAACGUGGACAACCUGGGCUUCUUCAUUUACAGACUGUGUCACGACAAGGAAACCUACAAACUGCAGCGCAGGGAAACCAUUAGAGGUAUUCAGAAGCGUGAAGCUAGUAACUGUUUCAGCAUUCGGCAUUUUGAGAACAAAUUUGCUGUGGAAACUUCAAUUUGUUCUUGAGAAGUCAAGAAAAACCGUGGGGAGAAAUUCAAUGCCACAGCAUACCCUACCCCUUUGUAUUUUGUGCAGUGAUUGUUUUUUAAAAUCUUCUUUUCAUGUAAGUAGCAAACAGGGCUUCACUGUCUCUUCAUCUCAAUAAUUCAAUUAAAAACCAUUAUCUUAAAAAAAGAAAACAAAACCUUUCUUUUUUCUAAGUGUGGUGUCUUUGAUAUUUGAAUUAGCAAAUAUUCGGGUUCCUAGAUAAGAUUCGCUUCUCCAUAGAGCUUAUAUACUAGGAAGAAUCUAAAUUUCUUGAAAUCACUAAUCUGGAUUUUUGUGUUAAUUCUGCACUUCCAUGAGGAAAGGCUACCUAAAAAGUAGUCAUUCACAUACGUUAAAAGGACCACAGUGACUUGCUUGUAGAUGCUAGUAGCCCUGCUGCCUUGUCUGUUAGCAUUUGAGAUCACCCUCUAAUAUUACUUUAAUUAAAAUGUGCAGUAUUUCCAUUGUUGCUUUAACUACUUUAGAGGAUUUCAGCCUUGAUGUUUUAAUAUCCUAGGCCUCUGCUGUAAUCAUAUUUUAGACAAAUGUUUGGAAUUUAAGAAGCAACUCAUGUUACUAAUUUGUAUAGCCCAUAUCUGUGCAGUGGAAUAUAAAUAUCACAAAGCCGUGUGAUGAGACUGUGCGUUGUUUUUCCCAUAAAAUAAAACCAAAGAAGUAAUUUGGUUCUCCAUAUUUUAAGGUAAUCCACAUACAUAAAGAAUGAAACUAUUUUAUAAAGUCUAAUUCUCUAAAUACAGCUAUAAAAUCAGCUUUUUUAAAAAAAAUAAAAUAAAACAAGCCAUUAAUUACUAAA